AAACCGACUCCAUCGAUCCAAAAUCCGAAAGCACCCAAUUUACAAUUUAACUCCAAUUACUCAAACUCAAACUCAAACUCAUAAUAAUGUGACUGAAAAACAGGUAGAUUAGAAAACAAUAAUCCCAGUCUCAGAUCCACGAUCUGCAAAAUCGAUUUGAAGCCAUGAAAGGUUUCAACAAUGGCGAUUUCAAUGGACAGUUAACGGUGAAGAUCGUAGCCUUCCUUUUCAUAUCCGUUACAUUCUUCUACGUGGGCAAGCACUGGUCCGAUGGCUACCAGCAGCUCGUCUUCUACUCCACCACCGCCACCACCGCCACCCAAACUUCUUCGGUCUCGAUCUCCCCCAACCAGGACAAGUCGUUUAAUAUCUCCUCCAUCAUUCCUGAGAAUUCGGUUCCGCCGGUCUCCGAGCCGCUGAAGGUUCCUCUGCCGCCUCCAUCACCCGAGCCUAUUCAGAGGUUUGGGAUUGUAGACGAAAAUGGGACCAUGUCGGAUGAGUUCGAGGUCGGUGAGUUUGAUCCGGAUGAGGUUGUGGAGAAUUGGGGGAUUGGGAAUGGAACCGUGGUUGAGAAUGACGGGAAUGAUGGCUCUCGUAGAGUUCGAGUUAAAAAAUUUGAGCUGUGUUCGAGCGAUAAGAGGGAGUAUAUACCUUGCUUGGACAAUGAGAAGGCCAUUAAGAUGCUCAAAUCGACGGAGAGAGGUGAACGAUUCGAACGACAUUGUCCGGAACCUAGUCAGGGUUUGAAUUGCUUGGUUCCGCCGCCUAAGGAUUACAAAGCCCCCAUACCAUGGCCAAAGAGCCGCGACGAGGUUUGGUUCAGCAAUGUACCUCAUACUCGUCUGGCGGAAGACAAAGGAGGCCAAAACUGGAUUUUUCGUGUGAAGAAUAAAUUCAAGUUUCCUGGGGGUGGUACACAAUUUAUACAUGGGGCAAACGAAUACUUGGAUCAUAUGUCUAAGAUGGUCCCUGAAAUUGCAUUUGGUCAGCAUACUCGAGUUGUUUUGGAUGUUGGAUGUGGUGUAGCAAGUUUCGGUGCUUAUCUACUCUCUCGGAAUGUUAUUACUAUGUCGGUCGCUCCCAAAGAUGUCCACGAAAACCAGAUUCAAUUUGCUCUUGAGCGAGGUGUGCCUGCAAUGGUGGGAGCCUUUGCAACUCACCGUUUAUUAUAUCCCACUCAAGCUUUCGACCUAAUUCAUUGUUCUCGUUGUAGAAUUAAUUGGACUCGUGACGAUGGAAUUUUACUGCUUGAGGUUAAUAGGAUGCUCAGGGCAGGAGGAUACUUUGUUUGGGCGGCACAGCCAGUUUAUAAGCAUGAAGAGGCUCUAGAGGAACAGUGGAAAGAAAUGUUGAACCUCACUACUCGUCUAUGCUGGGAGUUUGUGAAAAAGGAUGGGUAUAUUGCUGUAUGGAAGAAACCAGUAAACAACGACUGCUAUUUAAAAAGAGAUGAAGGAGCUACUCCUCCUUUGUGUGAUACAACUGAGGACCCAGACAAAGUCUGGUACGUUGAUCUCAAGGCGUGCAUAACUCGACUACCUGAAAACGGUUACGGAGCGAAUGUCACCAAGUGGCCUGAACGCUUGCAUACUCCCCCUGAUAGGCUCCAGUCAAUUCAAUUCGAUGCAUAUAUAUCUAGGAAGGAGCUCUACACAGCAGAAUACAAAUACUGGAUGGAUAUAAUAGGUGGAUAUGUACGUGCUUUACACUGGAAGAAGAUUAAACUAAGAAAUGUAAUGGACAUGAAAGCUGGCUUUGGAGGAUUUGCUGCAGCCUUAAAUGACCAGGGUCUGAAUUCCUGGGUGAUGAACGUAGUUCCUGUUAGUGGGCCCAACACCUUGCCUGUAAUAUAUGACCGAGGACUUAUUGGAGUUAUGCAUGACUGGUGUGAACCGUUUGACACAUACCCCAGAACCUACGAUUUAUUGCAUGCCGCUAGCCUCUUCUCUAUCGAGAGAAAAAGGUGCAAUAUAUCUACAAUCAUGCUUGAAAUGGAUCGGAUUUUGAGACCCGGCGGACGAGCUUAUAUCCGCGACUCACUCUCUGUCAUGGAUGAGCUUCAAGAGAUUGGAAAUGCAAUGGGCUGGCAUGUAACUCUGCGGGACACUGCUGAGGGUCCUCAUGCAAGUUAUAGAUUGCUUGUUGCUGAUAAACGACUAUUACGUCCUUGAAUUUAAAGCAAUGUGGAACAAAAAUGCUACUUUCUUCUAAUAUUCAAUAGAGCAUGGGAUUGUCUACACGAAUUAAAAUUCACAAGUCUUCGAAGUGAAGACAAUGCUUAGUGAAAGGGUAACUAUAAGUUUAAGUGUAACUUGUAAAAAUAGAACACAUUUGGUAAAUCUGAGUUUGUUAGCUAGAGUUCCAAUUUUUUAUUUAUUUAUUUUUUUUGUUUAAUGCUAUUGAUGAAGUAAAUCGGAAUUUCAUUC